UAUAGACUGAAAAAAUAUCAGCGGAGUUGUAAAAACAUAUGUUAUCUUGGAUAAUAAUAAGCUUUUUCCCUUUUAGUCAAAAUCGAAACAAAUCUUACACACUACUUUGCUUGGUUUAUUGAUGGUGAUGAUGGAUGAUGGAUUCGUUGGGAUGCGACACAUGUUGACUAUUGUUUUCUUGUCUGGCUUCGCCGGAUUCAUGGAAGGCCCCGUGAUUACUGACGUCACCGUCGCCGCCGUUUGCUCUUCACCAGACGACGCAUGUUCUCUAGCCGUCUAUCUCACCGGUUUUCAACAAGUGGCAAUAGGGUUGGGGACGAUGGUGAUGAUGCCAGUAAUUGGGAAUCUAUCAGACAAAUAUGGAAUUAAAGCAGUUCUCACUUUACCCAUGUGUCUCUCAAUCCUUCCUCCUGUCAUUUUAGGGUACAGAAGGGAUACACAUUUCUUCUACAUGUUUUACAUAAUCAAGAUUCUGACCGCUUUGGUAUGCGAAGGCGCCGUGGACUGCCUUGCCUCUGCUUAUGUGGCAGAAAAUAUUCAGGGGAGAACAAGAAUAUCAGCAUUUAGUAUUUUAGCUGGUGUCAAAACAAUGUCUUCUCUUUGUGGAACGUUAGUUGCUCGAUUUCUACCCGUAGCUUUGAUUUUUAAGGUUUCAGCUAUAUCGUUUCUUGUUGCCAUGGUGUACAUGAGAAUUUUCCUAAAGGAAAGGCUAAACGAUGAUGAAAAUGGUUAUCAUCAACAAGAUGACGGUGAUAGUAAUGAUGUUACGAUGUUAGCAGAACCGCUGUUGAACAACACAACAAUUACAACUAGUGUCUUAAACAAGAAACAAUCUUCGUUAAAAGAUAUGAUGAUCUUAAUGAAAACUAGUACUAUCUUCGUUCAAGCAUUGGUUGUUACAUUCUUCAGCAGUUUCUCAGAUAGUGGAAUGCAGUCUGCUUUCUUGUAUUUUCUGAAAGCGCGUUUUGGCUUUGACAAAAACCAGUUUGCUGAUCUCAUGCUAUUGAUUACCAUCGUUGGGUCUAUCUCUCAACUGUUUGUACUGCCAAGAUUUGCUUCUACCAUUGGAGAACGUAAGCUUUUAUCAGCAGGGCUUUUUAUGGAAUUUACAAACAUGGCCGUUGUCAGCAUUUCUUGGGCACCAUGGGUUCCUUAUCUCACCACUUUGUUUGUACCUGGAGCCAUGCUUGUGAUGCCAUCAGUGUGUGGUAUUGCCUCAAGACAAGUUGGACCCGGUGAACAGGGGAAAGUGCAAGGAUGCAUAUCUGGAGUGAAGUCCUUUGGGAAAGUCGUGGCACCAUUUGUUUUCAGUCCAUUGACAGCGUUGUUCCUCUCGAACAAUGCACCCUUCUAUUUUCCUGGAUUCAGCCUUUUAUGCAUUUCCUUGUCGUCGAUGUUCGGUUUUUUGCAGAGCCUAAUGAUAAAAGAUGUUCCACCGUCACAAUUGAACAAAGAAAUCAACAGCACCUCGAGGGAGGAAGUGUGAUUACAGGAACUUAUUAAAUAUGUAAAGAGAAGAAUGCCAAUUUAGGAUGUAGUAAUAACUCAUCAAUCAUAAAAGAAAAGAUGAAUAUCAAUAUGUAUCAUUUGAUGAAGAUAUAUAUUUAUAUAGAAUGGAGUAGAUUAGAUAUAUUUAUAGCAUGUGAUCAAGCUAUAUCUAUAUGUUGAUAUUCAAAAUAUUUGUACACAACUUUCUGUAGUCAUUUGUUUCCACUAACUUUAUCAAGUUUUCUUUUUU